UGACAAUAAUUGGAGAGAGAGGUGGUGCUUUAAAGCAAGUGAGAGUGUUUGUGUGUGUUGUGAGAAGUAGCAAAGAGGAACCCACACUCAGUUUCACUUUUUCUCUUUCGAGAGAUAAAAGCUAAAGAAUUUAGACAACCAACAACAAGAAGAAGCAGAGACGAGAGAGAGAGAGUGGAGAGAGAUUGAGAGAGAGGGAGAGAGAAGUGUACUGCUCUACACAGACGAGAGAGAAAUCAGAGAGAGUGGGAGAGAGAUUGAGAGAGAGAGAAGUCUACUGCUCUACUGCUCUGUGGUGUAUAAUUUGCAUUCAGAAACUCAAACUCAGCAGUCCCUCUCUUAAGGUAGCUUUUUUGAAUCACAAAAGCCGAUGUUUGUGACAGCUUACUAGUAUUAGCUACUCCUAACAGUCUCCAGAAGCUGCUGCAGAAAACAGAACCAACAGUGUCUGUUGUAUUUUCCAGACAGAUUUAACAAAGACAAGAUCCAUCCCCAUCUUCCUUUCUCUCUCUGUAUCUAUAUAUCUGUAUCUAUUUCUCCUCUUUCUUUAUUCUCUCUCUACAAAUCAUCCUCUUCCCCUGCCACCAUCUCAGAGACCCCACUUCAUAAAAUACCCACCCCAUAUCACAAACUCGAAGAGAUUUUUCAUUAAAGAAUUGCAGUUGUGGCUACUAGCAGGAGAUUCGCCUCGGAUCAUACCGGCGCUUUUGCGGAUUGGAUUGCUUCUUCUUCGGCUGCAAAUGCGAAUACUGGCCGUGCUACUGAGGAUUUGUCUUUAGGUUUUAAUGCGGGCCCUACUCCCGGCGUGACCACCGCUAUUCCCGCCGCGAAUUGGUCACGGGGAGGAGGGAGUGGCGUUAGUGCUGGUGGUGGCGGCGGGCACCACCAGCACCAGAUUAAUUACGGAAUCCCGUCUGAAGUCGGGAUGCUGGGGCUCCGCGAUGUUUUCGUAGUGGCCCCAGCAUCGUCUUUUCACGGUGAUGCUGUUAACGUCUCCGAUCCGCAUCAGAUGAGCGCGGCUAACGCCGCCGCUGCUUUCGGUGUCGGCGUUAUCCCGCUGUUAACAGCUUCACCGUGCUACAACGAAGACGAAAGAAGAAACAAUAGUACUAAUAGCGGAAGUGGAAUACAGUUUUGGCAGCAAAUGCAACAGCAGCAGAACGCGAGUUAUUUCAAAAAGCCCGGUUCGGUUCACGACCACCACCAGACCGUCGCGGCUAAUUUGCUCCAGGGCGGCGGCGCGGCUUCGUCGUCGUCAUCGGUUGCCACUUGUCAAGACUGUGGUAACCAGGCUAAGAAAGAUUGUAGUCACCGGAGGUGCAGGACUUGUUGUAAAAGUAGGGGUUUCGAUUGUUCCACUCACGUGAAAAGCACGUGGGUUCCGGCUGCUCGUCGCCGUGAGCGCCAGCUUAUGGGUGUUGCUGGCGCCACCGCGGGAUCCUCGGGUUCGACUUCGAGUGCUAAGAAGCCUAAGCUCACUUCGCAAACCGCUACUUCACAUACUUCCACUUCGAAUACCACUCCCCCUCGAAGCUAUGACACUAGUUCUAGUCACCAAGAUGCGGGGUUUAAAGAAGCAUUGCCGGGGCAAGUCCGUGCUCCGGCUGUGUUUAAGUGUGUGAGGGUUACAGCGGUGGAGGAUGGGGAUGAUGAAUAUGCGUAUCAGGCGGUGGUGAAUAUUGGAGGGCAUGUGUUUAAGGGGUUUUUGUAUGAUCAAGGGGUUGAAGCAAAUAGAGAAGGGUUUCCGAAUCUAUCCGAGCUGCAUUUGGGUGGCGGAGGGAGUGGUACUGGAGGUGGAGUAAGAAAUAUCGGUUCAUCUUCGGCACCAGUCAUCGAUCAGUCUGACAUUUACACUGCCGGAGGAGGUGGUGGAAUGAUCGGCAGUUCUAAUUAUGGUAACACCAUAAAUUGAUCAUUAAGAAGUGCUGCUAUAUAUAUUGUAAUUGCUCAUCACCUAUCUAGUCUUUUUUCCUUGCAGACAUGUAAUUUAUUAACAUAUGUCUCAACAAUUUAGUUUUAAUUCGGUGCUUGGGUGCUUCAUAUUCUCGUAGACCUCCUGUUUCUUUCAUCGGAGGACUAUCAAGUAUCAACCAAGUUUCCGAAUAAGUUGCAUGUUUAAAGUUAAACACAAUAAAACUUCAUUCAAGCA